GUCUACAGAGCUGACCACUCCUGCCUCACCGUGGUGCUGCCAGUGAACGCCUCCGUGCGCGACGUGCUCCAGUCCCUCACCCGCCAAGAGGGCGGGCACGGCGAGCGCAUGCUGGUCAAGGUCAACUCAGCAGGGGAUAAAGCGGGGCUGCAGAUGGACACCAUCGGUGUGUACACAUCCCUGGGCCUGAACGAGAGACUCUUUGUUGUGAAUGUCCAGGAGCUGCACACCCUGACCCCCCAUCCCGAGCAGCUGGGGCCCACCGUCGGCUCCUCAGAGACCCUGGACCUCAUCAGCUCCAAGGACUUGGCCGGUCAGCUGACGGAUUACGACUGGAACCUCUUCAGCAGCGUCCACCAGGUGGAGCUGAUCUAUUACAUCUUUGGGCAGCAGACGUUUCCCAGCGCGACCACGGCGAACCUGGAGCGCGUCAUGCGGCGCUUCAACGAGCUGCAGUACUGGAUCGCCACCGAGCUCUGCCUCUGUGCGGAGCCGGGCAGGCGCGCCCAGCUGCUCAGGAAGUUCAUUAAGCUGGCGGCACACCUCAAGGAGCAGAAGAACCUGAAUUCCUUCUUCGCGGUGAUGUUUGGUCUGAGCAACACGGCUGUGAGUCGCCUCGCCAAGACCUGGGAGAGGCUGCCGCACAAAACCAGGAAGCUGCACUCAGCGCUGGAGCGUAUGCUGGACCCGUCCUGGAAUCACAGAGUCUACAGACUGGCCAUCGCCAAACUGACCCCGCCCAUCAUCCCCUUCGUGCCCCUCCUUCUCAAAGACAUGACCUUCAUCCACGAGGGCAACCGCACGCUGGCAGAGAACCUCAUCAACUUUGAGAAGAUGCGAAUGAUGGCCAAGGCCGUACGUAUCAUCCACCACUGUCAGAGCCACACGUACGCUCCCAUGUCCCCACUGCGGAGUCGUGCCCCCCAGCUGCUGGAGGACCCCCAGGCCCUGCGGAUCUCCACCUGCUCUGAGCAGUCCCUGUGCGGGCGGAGUCCUGCCUCCACCCGGGCCUACCUCCAGCACCUGAAAGUGAUCGACAACCAGAAGGAGCUGUCACGGCUUUCCCGGGACCUCGAGUCCUGAUGCUUGGGACCAGGGGCGAAGCAGGAGGGGCCAGGCUAGAACCUCCAAGGGGAGCACUCCUCAGCCCAUUGCCCCUGCCUGGCUGCAACGGGGCAGUUGUGCAUGCCCUCCACCUCCUGGGAGAGGGCUGGCCAUGCAUUCCGACUGUCCCCACUGCAGAGGGACCCCGCCGCAGCCCAUCUGCCAGACCGCCUGCCCAGCCAGGACCGGGGACCACUCGGGCUGCACCAUUCCUCUCAGACUUGGAGCCAGCUGGCUAGAGCCUGGAGCAGUAACGGGCCAGCCCCAAUGAUGGCGUCUGCUAUGAAGAGAGACAGGGAGGGGCAAGGCCGGGGGAAGAAGGGCUGGACACUCUGGCUUCACCCACCGCUGUCAAUAGAAGUAUUUUUUGUA